AUGGAAAACUCUGAAGGCCAACUCGUUGAUUUGUACAUUCCUCGCAAGUGCUCUGCCACCAACCGCCUUAUCACUGCCAAGGACCACGCUUCCGUUCAGCUUAACGUUGGCGACGUCAACGCCGAGGGUCGUUUGACUGGCAGCUUCAUUACCUACGCCUUGAGCGGUUUCGUUCGCCGUAACGCUGAAGCUGAUGAUAGCAUCAACCGUUUGGCCACUGAGGAUGGUUACCUCAAGAACGUCUUCUCGUACCAACAGUAA